CCUUCAGUUACAAAUGUAUAUGCAUAUAAAUUUUCCUUUCGGUUUGAUUUAAAGUUAAAGCUAUGUUCUUGUAUAUUUUGGGAUCGCUUCUUAUAGUCUUAUGUGGAAUUCAAUAUAAAAUUAUAAUCAAUCUUGGGACUUUACAAGCACAGAUGAAUUCAAUGAACGUAAACAAUGUUACAGAUGCAGAUCUGGUGUCAAGAAUAAUAGAAAACGCAAGAAUAAAAAUAGCUUUUACAGCCUUCUUAUCCAAUGUAGCAACUCAUCUCAGUAAUCACCAGGUCAUUCCAUUUGAUAAAGUGAUACUAAACGAAGGUCAAGGGUUUAAUGUCAACACCCACAUAUUCACCUGUCCAGUUUCAGGAACGUAUAACUUUCAAACCAGUUUAUUAAGUACCGAAGGCUCUGCUGUUGUUACCGAGAUUGUUAAAGAGGGUAAUAGGCUUGUCCAAGCACAUGCUCAACCGUUCCGUAAUACCCAUGCUCAGGGGUUUAAUUCUGUAUUCACGAAAUGCGACAAAGGCGAAAAUGUUUGGGUCCGACUCGAUCGUUAUGGUGAUAAGGUAUACAGUGAAAGAUACACGACGUUUUCUGGAUUUCUGCUGUGGGAGUACAAAUGAAUAUCUACCAUGGGAAAACUAAAGAAAAUAUAAACGCUACUGUAUUAAAACUCAUUCGCGAACGGAACAUCUCCUUCACUAGAUAAAUAAUUAACAUUAUAUUGCAUUUUAGAAAAUCUGUAUGAUGGACUUAUAGCUUCAUUAAAUAACAUUUAAAUACCCAUUUUUAUCUACCCACAGACAAAAAUUGAACUGUUUUGUCAGUUUUUAAUCAAAAUUGAUAUGAAUAAUUAUAUAUAUUUCUGUGUACUAAAAUAAUGAUUGACAUUAACUAAUAUUUUUCAUUUUAAUAUAUUGUCUUAAUACAUUUGUGUAUAAAUAUACAUAUUUAAAUUUA